AGAACUGACCAGGUCAUUUUUACACAGUUGCACAGAAAGAAAAGCUGACGUCACGUGCACGCUUAGGUGAACAUGUAAACACGAGGAGAGCCGCAGACUUUACGACCCAGUUCACAGAGUCAGCCAGUCGGCUUUCUUAGUUUUUUUUACAAUGCGUCUGUAAUCUCAUACGUGCUGCUAGAAGACUGAAUAACUUAAAUCUGAAGGAGGCAGAGCAUCGUACUUUUAAGCAGUAGAGCAUCAUGGGUGAAGCGGCUGUGGAUGAUGGCACUAGUGAAGUGAAGGCCCCUGAUGGUGGCUGGAGUUGGGCCGUGCUCUUCGGUUGCUUCAUCAUCACAGGUUUCUCCUACGCUUUUCCCAAGGCUGUCAGUGUUUUCUUCGAGGAGCUGAUAAGAGAGUUCGAUGUGGGCUACAGUGACACAGCCUGGAUCUCCUCCAUCCUGUUGGCUAUGCUUUAUGGCACUGGUCCGUUAUGCAGCAUUUUAGUGAAUAAAUUUGGAUGCCGUCCAGUGAUGUUGGUGGGUGGCCUCUUUGCAUCGUUGGGAAUGGUCUUGGCAUCAUUUGCCACAAGCAUCAUUCACAUAUACUUGUGCACCGGAGUCAUUACAGGUCUUGGAAUGGCUCUGAACUUCCAGCCGUCACUCAUUAUGUUAAAUAAAUAUUUCAGUGAGAAGCGGCCGCUGGCUAAUGGCCUGGCCGCUACUGGGAGUCCAGUGGCUCUGUGCUGUCUGUCCCCUUUGGGGCAGGUCCUUCAGUAUGAAUAUGGCUGGAGAGGGGGCUUCCUCAUCUUGGGAGGGAUCCUUCUGAACUGCUGUGCCUGUGGGGCUUUAAUGAAGCCUUUGGACCCACCAAAGACCUCAGAGACCCCUGGGAUUGAAAACACACCAGAUGAUGGUAACAAGAAAGCAAAGCCCAAGCCCAAGCCCAAGCUGCUGGACUUCAGUGUUUUCAGUGACCUGGGCUUUGUCAUUUAUACAGUCGCUGCCUCCAUUAUGGUGCUCGGUUUGUUUGUGCCUCCAGUUUUUAUGGUGAGCUAUGCCAAAGAGUUGGGAAAUGAAGACACAAAAUCCGCCCUACUGCUUAGCAUCAUGGGUUUCACUGACAUUUUCGCACGGCCCACAUGUGGCUACAUCGCUGGACUCCAGUGGGUUCGCCCUCGAUGCGUUUACCUCUUCAGUAUCGCUCUCAUAUUCAAUGGCACCACAGAUCUGGUGGGCUCCCUGUCUAAAGACUACACCUCUCUGGUGGUGUUCUGCAUCUUCAUUGGCAUCUCUUAUGGCAUGGUGGGAGCCUUGCAGUUCGAGGUUCUCAUGACUGUUGUGGGUACAGAGAAGUUCUCAAGCGCCAUUGGUUUAGUUCUCCUGCUUGAAGCUACUGCUGUGCUGAUUGGGCCUCCAUCUGCUGGUCAUCUUUUGGACUCCACUAAGAAGUACAUGUUUGUUUUCCUGCUGGCUGGGGUUGAGGUUGUGGUGUCCGCUUUAGUGCUGGCCAUAUGCAACCUACUGUUCAUAAAGAAGAAGCCUGAGGCACCAGAGACUGCAACAAAAAAUGGAGAGACGGUGCAGGAAAAGGAAAAGAAUCACUCCAGUACACCACCUAUAGAGGAGCCCCACAAGGCCGAUGGAAACCCAGAAAAGAAAGCCGAGGAUAUAAUGAAGGAUCCAAGGGAAGUGGAAACCGUUCUUAAAGAUAAAGAUGAGCAGAAUAAGAACAUCACCUGUAGUCCAGACACCAAACUCUGAUGGACAUUUCUGCUUAACAAGAGGUUGAAAGACAGAAAUAAGAGGAGAUUGCAGAACUGCAGUGUUGAUAUGUCACUGUGUAGUCCGAUGUGAUCUCCUAAUGAAUAUUUAAUUAAUACCUACACUGCACAGAGAGAUUUAGAUAGGCCAGUCUUAAUAUGUCAAACUCAAAAACACAGACACUUCUUUGACUGAAACCAACGUUACUAAGGUUAAAGGUGCUGCAUGUGAUUUUUGUCAUGUAAUUGUAUGCAGAUAAUGAUCCUACUCACUGAAAUCACUGCUCUGAGAUAUCUCAGCGAUCUCUGUGACAGUCCUAAUCAGUGUUGGGGGAUAACGCAUUAACAUGAGUUAUGCAAUCAGAUUACUUUUUAUAGUAACUAGUAAAGCAUUUAAUGCAUUACUUUUACAUUUACAAGAAAAUAUCUGAGUUGCUUUUUUGAGUAAGUAAUGCAAGUCACUUUGUUUUCCUGUUUAUUCACUGAUAUCUCGUGUCAAGAGAAAUUAGGAGCAAGGUACAGUAGCACGUCCUUCAGCCUGAGGCUUAUUCUUUUCUCUUUUGUUGUUUACAGUUGUUAAAACAGUUGUUCUCUUUUGGUUGUUUUUUAUUGGAGUAAUGCAGCAUUGUAACGCAUUACUUUUAAAAGUACAUUCACUGGUCCUUGCAUCUAUAAACAGUAAAAGAAAAAAGGGCUCUAGACACAUUUUAAGCCAAUCACAACUCAUUUUAAACACUUUGCAACCCUCAAUCAAAUUGCAUGUUUACAGCAGCCAUUUAUGUUAAGGGGUGUUCGAUUUUGACAUCACCAAAUGCCUUGAAAGGAAAAUAAAUAAAUAGACUUUUAUCGCUGGAGGAAAUGGAGAGCUUUUAA